UUCACCCACCGCUAUUGAGACCAGCAUAUUUUCUUUGGGAUAUACUGAUCGCAGAGCCUUUCGACAGGCUUUUUUUUUCCCCGACGGGGCAAAAAUGGCGACGCUGGGACCGGAGCCCCGUCCUCAUUCCCAGCUGCCGUCUGCCGCAGUACAGACGAACCUGAGCGGACUGGGCUCCAGCACGAACCUGCCUUUCAACCGGGGCUUGGAGAGAGCUCUGGAGGAUGCGGCGACCUCCGGAUUUCUGAACCUCAGCACAAGAAAACUGAAAGAAUUCCCUCGGACUGCAUCUAAUUAUGACCUAACGGAUACGGUUGAAGCAGAUCUGUCAAAGAAUCGCUUGAUUGACAUCCCAUCAGAGGUGUGUCAUCUGGUCUCCCUGGAAACGCUGAACCUUUAUCACAACUGCAUCAGAAGCAUUCCUGAUUCCAUCAUCAGCCUUCAAUCCCUGACCUGCUUAAACAUCAGCCGGAACCAGCUGUCGGUGCUGCCAGCGUGUGUGUGUGGUCUUCCUCUGCGAGUGCUCAACGCCAGCAAUAACAAACUCAACGCACUUCCAGAAAGCAUUGGCCAGCUCACCAAUCUCAUGGAGCUGGAUGUAAGCUGUAAUGAAAUCACAGCUCUUCCACGUCACAUUGGCCAACUCAGAGCUCUGAGGGAACUCAAUGUGCACCGAAACCUUCUCUGUGUCCUGCCAGAGGAUUUGGCAGAAUUACCCCUGGUCAAGUUUGAUUUCUCCUGUAAUAAGGUUUCUACUAUUCCUGUCUGCUAUCGAAAAAUGGCCCAGCUCCAAUCACUACAGCUGGAGAACAAUCCACUUCAGAGUCCUCCUGCGCAGAUCUGCAUGAAGGGCAUGAUUCAUAUAUUUAAAUACCUCGCCAUGGAGGCAUGUCGAAGUGACAAGAUGGCCGAUGCCAUGUACCUUCCUGUCUCAGACCGCCUCAGCUUGACACGACCCACGAGUGGGAGCACUGAGGACAUCGAUCAGCACAAGAAACUUGACAGUGACUCUGGGGUGGGCAGUGACAACGGAGACAAACGCCUUUCUGCUACAGAGCCAUCAGACGAAGACAGCCUCAGCUUGAAUGUGCCUAUGACCAACAUCACAGAGGAGGAGGGCUUGAGCAAAGACGACUCCAGUGAACACAUCAGCGCUCUGACAGCAGACAGAAGUUCAUCAGAAUCUCUCAAGGACCAUCUGGGCUAUCAAGACUCUACCCUCAGCUCACCGUUCAUCAACUACAUCAAAGGUCGAGGUGUUGACUUCGAUGAGCCCCUCAGGAUAGAGGAAGACACCAACUGGGUUUCAGAACAAACAUCAAAGGUCAAUAUGAUUAAUCAGCUAAAGGAAGCUGUGGAGAUGCUACAGGAUCCUAACAGGGUUAACAUGAACUCUGCUGAUCUCUCCAGUAUUAAGCUCUACCCUGUGGAAAUGGUUACAGUAGAUGAUUCGCUCAAUGGCCAAGAGAGUGUCGAUUGUCAGGCAACUCCUAAGGCGGCUCCUGGAGAAUGCUGGGAGUUCCAGAGGAAGCGACAGUACAUUCUAGAACGGGCCCGGCUCGAGGCUCAGCUCGCAUGUCAACAUUAUGCCCUGCACAUGGCACAACAGGGUGACGUGAUUGGCCAGGAAGGAUCAGGUGAUAGUUGUGAGAACCAACUUACCAAGAGUGAAGACAUAACCCCAGUUUCCAGCCCUACAUUGAGCUCACCUCCUUUUGGUCUAAAGCCCAGAUCAGCUUCACCCUCUUUGCCAUGCUCAACUCCGCCCUGUCCCCGCCCUCUUACACAGGCCCCACCCACCGAUAGAGACACGCCCCCUAGCCCAGCUGAAGGAGACAUGCCAAGCAGUGUGUUUUUCAGGACGCACAAGACUCUGGAAUCAGUGGAUCCUCAGUUCACCAUGAGGAGAAAGAUGGAGCAGCUCAGAGAGGAGCUGGAGCUCAUAGAACAACUGCGAGAGAGUAUUGAGAGCAGACUGAAAGUAGUUCUUCCUGAAGAUCUGGGCUCUUCUCUCAUGGAUGGGGUCGUGCUUUGUCAUCUAGUCAAUCACAUUCGGCCGCGUUCAGUGGCCAGUAUCCAUGUACCAUCCCCUGCAGUGCCCAAGCUUAGCAUGGCUAAAUGUCGCAGAAAUGUUGAAAACUUUUUGGACGCCUGCAGGAAAAUGGGAGUCCCUGAGGAUAAGUUAUGUCUGCCGCAUCAUAUUUUGGAGGAGAAGGGCCUGAUCAAAGUUGGCAUCACUGUGCAAGCUCUGCUGGAUGAGACUUCGGCCAACGAGACACUCCUCACUUGAGUCACACAAACACAAGCCAGUCUCACUGACACUAAUUCCUGUGGAUGGACAUGCACCUUUUGCUGCCCUCCAGCGCCAGACGAUCUUUGAGAAAUUCCCUGGACAGAGUCCAUUUAUUUCUAUUAGAACAGGUGAUCCUCAGCCUGCAGGUAUAUGCUCAUGUUUUCCUCACUCUCUCUUUACUUCAUUAUUUAGUACUGUUAUUUGAUCACUGUUGCCCGGGCCAUAGUCGUGUAAAGCCGAGUUCAGACUGCACGAUUUUCAAAGUAGUCGGGUCACUGUUCUUUUCACACUGCAUGACUAUCUUGGCCAGUAUUCAGUCACUACUGUGUUCACACUGCACGAUGGAUCGGCAACAGAAAGUUUCACACUGCAUGACUUUACAAUAGGAAGACUCGCCGGCAACUCUGUCUGGCACGCAAACUACGUUUCACAACCAAACACACGCGAGAUGUGACAAGAAAACAACGCGAUAUCACGUGUGCAAUACUGGAGUUCUCUAGUGAGACUGGGAUUAUUAUUAAAAAUGGUAGCCCGCAAGAAGCUUGCAGUAAGAAUUGCCUGUGCGCUGAUUUUCCGCGAAAACAAGAAAAAGAAAAGAAGAUUAUGGAGGAGGAAAUGGUUGGGGAGACGCGAGGAAGAAGGAAUGUGUGUUCUUAUAUCAUGCUUGCUGGUCUGUAACUCCUCCCCGAACUCCCCGCUGCUCUGUAUCUUGCUCUCUCAUUGGCUGUCGGUCAUCGCAUAUGUAGUUUUCAGUCAGAACACUUUUCACACAGCAUGAUUUUGAAUCGCCGACAGGUCCAGAUAUUUAGCAUGCCAAAUAUCUCACUGGCAUCGGCUACUUGUCGGCGAUUCUCUCAGAAUGCAUCUCUGUUCAUUCACACUGCGUGAUUGUCACGCGCGUGAACGAGCACCAAUUUACCUGUGAUUUCGGGCAUUUGUCUGCGAUUUCUUAAAACCUGUCGGCGAGCCAAAAACUGGGCUAAAAUCGUGCAGU